UUUAUUAAUAAAUGCUGUUUAUUAGUAAAUAGAGUUUAGUGUGUUUUAUUCUCAGUAUUCUCAGUGUAAAUACAGUGUGUUUUUUGUUUUGUUUUGUUUUUUAAGGUUUUUCAGUGAACAUCAAUCAACAAGCAGCAUCAGAAUAACUAAGUAUGCAUUUCUGCAGACAUUUAUGCAUUUGUGGAGACAUUUACAAGAAGUAAAACAACUCCCCCAACCUUUGAACUGCUCGUGGAGAACUGUUCAGUCCAUUUUUCAAAAAUCAGACAGAGUACGCCACAACCUAAACUCCACCAACACCAUGGCGUACAAGUAGAGAGCAUUAAUCAGAGCAUCAACCAACAGUCCCAUGAUAACGCUGGAGGAUAAUUUGACAACAGAAUAAUAAUUUGACAACAGAAACACAUUUGUGUAGUAAGUAUGAGGAAACAUGGUGGGGGGCAGCAGCAUUGUGAGGGGAUUCAUACUGUGAGCAAAUGACAGGCAAGCAGAGCUGAUGAGAAGUGGAAAAGAGCAAACGCACAAAAAUCCUAGAGGGAAACCUGAUGUAGAUAAAAGAAAUUCGGGUGAAGCUUUACGUUGCAUUCAUGCAACCAAACUAAACGUGUUGCAUACAGCCAGAGGCACGCACACGUCUGGCAUGUCAAAGCAUUUUGAUUUUUGUUUUGACACUCUGUGGUCUGUUCUCGCUCGCUUUUAGUUGCGCUUGUGACGUUUCUUCAAUGAAAAGGGACGCAGGCUUGUAGGAAAACCCUUUGCAGGGUUUGCAUUCCUUUCAAGCGGCAAGAUUCCCGACAAAAGAAUCAUUCCGAAGUGUCACAGUGAUGAUUCUGCGUCACGCAGUCCUCCGACAGAAACUGUUUUGGGAGCCUCAAAGGAGACGCUAGAUGGCAACCUAGCUGGGUGGUGGGUGCUGAAUGUCUCUGUGUGUGUGUGAUUGUGUGUAAGAGAGUAGGGAAGAGGUGGGGGGGAUAAAUUACGUCGGCGUGGGACAGUGGAGGGACUGACGGUCUGCUCAUGGCAGCUUGCAGCUGGAGGCGAGCAGCAGAGAAGGAGAAGAACAUAACCGAGCGGAAUGGAAGAAAACUGAGCAGAGACGGUGUUGGACCACAGCUGGAUGCGAGGGGUUCUAAAUGAAAGUGUUUACACAGACAGAUUAACGUGACCAGGUGGGGGAUAGGUCUGCAGUGGAGAGGGAAAGGGGGGAGUGGGGGGGAAGGCGGGAGAGGGGGAGAGAGAAAAAAAAAGAUGCGCUGCGUCUCCCGUGACGCUGGCGCGCAGUUUGGGGACGGAGUCCGCGGCGGCGACGCGCUGACACCCCGCUUUUAGAUGGAGCCAAUAUUUGGGGUGCAGCAAAACAGGUGUCAGGGAAGUGUCGUCACGAACCCCGGAAGCCGGAGGAGGAGGUGGGAACAUCAGAGGGAAAGAUGGCAGCGAAAUCCGAUGGUCGCGGGGUCGUCACCGGUUUCGCCCAGCUGCACAACCUGGACGAAGUGGUGGGGACGGGAGAGGACGACGCGCAGGACGGCAGCUCCUUCCACAUCUGCCACUGCUGCAACACCUCGUCGUGCUACUGGGGCUGCCGGAGCGCCUGCCUGCAUUACCUCCGGAGGAAGGGGAGAGGGAAGGGGAGGGAUGCGGGGCGACCACCGCAGGAGGAGCGCCUCUGGCUGGACUGCCUGUGGAUCGUCCUGGCGCUGCUGGUGUUCUUCUGGGACGUGGGCACCGAUCUGUGGCUGGCCGCCGACUACUACCACAAGCGGAACUUCUUGUGGUCCAGCCUGACUCUGUUCUUCGUGCUGGUGCCCUCGGUCCUGGUCCAGAUCCUGAGCUUCAGGUGGUUUGUGCAGGAUUACACCGGCGGCGGAUUGGGCUCCGUGGAGGGACUCAGCAGUCGGAGGGCUACGGCUGGUUUCCAGAGGGACAGGUGCUGUCGCCUGUCUGUCUGGGUCUGGCAGACUGUCAUUCACAUCUUUCAGAUGGGACAAGUGUGGAGACAUUUUGUCUUGCUUGAUGGGUGAGCGCUCCAUUCUUUGCCAUUUAGAAGACCAAAACAAGAAACGCAUCUCUGCACCAUGUCAAAUUUCUGAAGCAAGAAAACGGGAAGUCUUAAAGAACUACAUGGCAAAGUUUGAGUUGUCUGAUGUCAGUAAAAAUCCAUCAUUUCUUAAAAUGCAACUUUGCUCACAGCUGAAUAAAAGCAAUAAAAACAAAAAUUAAUCCUUUUUAUACAUUUUAAGUCAGUAAAUGUGCAUAGCUUUCCAUUUUAUUCUGUGGUUUGGGUUAGGAACCACAUAUGCAAUAUGGAGCCCUGAGCAGCAAGAACAAACAACAGCGUUUGUGGCCCAGAGACAGAAUAUAUCAAACAAUCAAAAGAACAAGCAAGAUGUUUGUCUCAACAGACAGAACAUUGUUUUUAAAUGACUGCUUUGCCAGGUGUGGAUUUUAUCGAUUUGAGUCAGGUUGUAUUUGUGUUCAUGUUUGAGGUUAAUUGAUGGAUACAAACUGAAAUGGUUUUGGCUCACGUUUUAGUCCUGCGUGCACCUCAUGUCCUCAGCACUGCAUGCUGCCUGUCCUGUUUUAGUUUUGCAUAUGGUGUCUGCUUGUGUGUCCAUUUAAAGGAGCUAAUUAAAAAGCUUCUCUGCUGGACUGUGA